CCCAGACGGCAAAAGUCAAUCAUUGACUCCCCCGCGGGAGAAAAAUUUCCCAAAUUUUCUUUCCCAUCCUAAAAACCUAAUCCCAAUCUUCAAUCCAAAUCACUCGUCUUCCUCAUUCGACCGAUCUUAUUCCCACCGGCGUUCGAUUCUCAGGUGACAGUAGGUUGAAGCAGAUUCCGUGUUUGGCAGGAAUCGUGUUCAAACUUGUCUGGAAAGUUCAUGGUGCUGUUUCGAGGAAACGCGCAUAAGGACGCUUACAGGCCAGGACUGUGGUGAGGGAAGCACAAUGUUGCCAUCAGAAACUACACCUUUGCCCCUGACCCUGGAUCCAAUCAUACUAGGGAAUCACAAAUCUUCACGGACUGGAGAGCUAAAGAGGGUCUUACGUUUUCCUCUUGGCAAUACCUCAGAGGGCCAUGCAUCUGGAGGUGACAGGAGUAGAUCUGCUUCAUCAUCGACAAAUGAAGAGCUGAAGCAUAUUAAAGAAAGCGUGCAAGAUUCCUCUAAGCAAGCUGGCGAUAGGGUAAAGAUGUUUGGCCAAAAUAUAUUCAAAUUGGAUAAACUGAAGGAAAACCUAAGCUCGAAGAAGCGUCAAAGAAGUGAUGUAGCAUCGAGUGAAAGGUCUCUAGUGAACUUGGAAAAGAUAGGAAAUCAACUUCAUGGAAGCACACGUGAUUCAUGGAAUCAGAGGAUGGAGCAGAAGCCCAAGAGCGCUGGGUUAGUUAAGCGAUCCCGAGCAUCAGUGGCAGAUGGACAGGAUGAUAGCAAGUUGCCUGCAGCUCCACGGCAGCUAAUUCUAAAGGAAAAAAGAGAAGACAAGUUCCCAGUUGCUAAGGCAGUUCCGAUCAAAAUGGAGGAGAAGAUGCGCAGGGUCCCAGCUGGAAGUGAUGGUUGGGAGAAGAAAAUUAAAAGAAAACGGUCUGUCAGUGCAGUAGGUGGUAGAGUUAUGAAUGGUGAUGUUGAUCCUAAACAAGCUAUGGAUUCUAAGGUGCCUGCUGAUUCGAAGCUGUGCUCAUCUGAUGGUCCUGGUUUCAGAUCAAAAUCUUCCUCUGGAGUCAGUGGGGUGAACAAACUGAAUCGUCGCUUUGAGUCUCCAAGUCCAAAUGCAUCCACAUUUGUUCGGAAUGACCAAGAGGCAACCUCUUCUCCUAAGGACCGUACGGAUGUGUUAGAGCAGAGGGUUCUACUGAAGGGAAACAAAUCUAAUGGUCGGGAGGGUGAACUGAGUAGCAGUGGUCCUGGUUUGCUGAUUCGAGGAAAGUUUUCUAGAGCACCAAGAACCAGUUCCAUCAUGGUUCUUGAUUCAUCUACUAAUUUAGAGUCCUCUCAUGGUGCUCCUCAAGACUGGGAACAGCCUCCAAAUGUGAAUAAGAUCACAGCAGCAGGUGAUGCUAAGGAGAAAGUCCAUCCCAUCUCUUCAGGCACAUCAUCACAGCCUAUGGCUAAAUGGGGCGGUCAAAGACCACAUAAAAAGUCUCGCCUAAGAAGAGCAAACCUACUCUCUCCUGUUACAAACGAUUCAGAGACCCAAAAUUCACCACAAGGAUUUGGGAAGUCUGAGUUAGGUUGUAGGAGUUCUGAGGUUGCAAACAAUGCAUCUUUGCAUGCUAGCGCUUCAAAUAUUAAUACCUUAAAGGUUAGAAAGGAAUUUCAGAGAGUAGCAUCACCAGCUGGUGUAUCUGAAAGUGAAGAAUCAGAAGCAUUGGAAAAUUGUCUGAAGGAAAAGGCAGUAGAUGGGUGUGAAGUUGCAUUGACCACGUCUCAUUAUGCUGAGGGUUCUGUAUUGCCUAUAAAGAAUAAAAUGCCUGUUUGUGAAAUAGGAGAUGGAGUGCGUAGACAAGGAAGAAGUGGUCGGGGUUCGUUGAUGAGGUCAGUCGGUCCUCCAAUGAGGAACAAGACGGAUGAUUUAAUGGCUAAGCCACCUCAAAGCACGAGGCCUGGUCCUGAGAGAAACAAGAGUAAAUCCGGCCGACCAGCUGUGAAGAAAUUGAAGGAUCGAAAGGGACUUCCUCGAGUUGGAUCAGUCCUAGUCAGUGGUUCUCCAGAAUUGAUGGGUGAAUUGGACGAUCAUGAAACUUUAGUUGCAGCUGCCAAGUCUGCUCGAAAUGCUUUGAAUCAAGCUUGCUCUAGCCGAUUUUGGAAGAAAAUGGAAUCUAUAUUUGCCUCUGUGAGCAAUGAUGAUGCAUCAUUCUUAAAGAAACAGUUUAGUCUUGCGGAGGAGCGUGGCGAGGACCUAUCUCUGAUAUUUGGCAUUGACUAUAACACUUCGGAUGUGUUGAGGAACAAGGAUGAUGCUGAUCAUUCUGAUGGAAAACAAGGAAAUAAUCUGGGUCAGGAAGCAGUUAAUAUGGGUCCUCUCUGUGGUAAAUUCGACAUUGGCAGGCUCUGCAAGCUUCCUGCCAUGUUUGAUAGAGUAGUUUCUGCUUUAAUUGAUGAUGAAAGCGAAGAAGUUUACCAGCAAGCCGAAGGCAAAAAUCUGUCCCCACAUGCUAGUGAUGAUUCUCAUUGCGGUUCAUGCAACCAGAUGGAUAUUGACUCCAAAGACAGGGACAAAAUGGAAUCUGAGGUUGAGUCAGCUGUGGAACAAAAUCAGAAGCUCUGCUUUCUGGACAGGCUGUCCUGUAACAAAGGCGGUGCAUCUUGCCCAUUUAGGAAUUCAGGCAUGUCGACUUCUGGAUACAGCAAUGAACAUUCUUUUGGAGAUGAUGAAUAUUCACAUCUAGAGAUGGGGCUCAUCAGUGAAAUCUGCUCCAGUGACAUAGGGAAGCUCCAGCAGAAGGAAUUGCAUUUUUCGGGCUUCCCUUUGCCAGAUGAGCAGUAUCAAUCGAUGUCUUUGAAUGACAGGGUUAUGCUGGAGUUACGGAGUAUUGACUUAUGCCCUGAAACAUUGCCUGAUCUAGCUGAAGAAGGAGAGCUGAUCUUUGAUAUCGCAGAGCUGAAAGGCAAGCUGUGCCAAAAGGUUACAAGAAAACAGAAGAGGCUGAGAGAGCUUGAUAAAGCCGUUAUUAGUGGAGAAGACACGGAUAGAAGGAAAGUUGAGGAGAUAGCAAUGAAUAAAAUUCUUGAGAUGGCCUACAAAAAGCGAAUGGCUUGUCGCGGAACCAAUUCUACAAAAGCUUCGGUCCGUAGGGUUCCAAAUCAUGUUGCCUCAGCUUUUAUCAAGAGAACUCUUGCAAGGUGUAGAAAGUACGAAGAAACAGAUGUCAGCUGCUUCCGUGAGCCAGCGCUGCAGGAUAUCCUUUUCUCUCGGCCCACGGGCAAGAAUGAUGGGAAAUCUCUUGAUUGUGUUGGGUCGGGAACUGCUAGUAAUACCUUGAAUGAAGCUUUCAAGCAUCAGGCGGGAGCCAAAGGAUCAGGAGCCAUUUCCAGUUUGCCUGAGGUGUUUGAUACCCGAGGCGAAAACACUGCCAACCUCUCCCCUGAGCAGGAUUCUGAGAAGCCUGGAUCUUCGAAAGUUACAUCAGCUUUUGACGUCAAAAGCACUGCUGUCUCUGAAUGCCAAACAAAGACGAGCACAAGGCAGAGGCUACAGAACAGCAGUCGAAGCAGUGGGUUCUUGGAAUCACCGGAAACUGCUUCUCUUCCUGUCACUGGAAAUCCUACUCAACCGAUUGGAGUGGCUGCUGCAACUAAUAUUCCGCCCUACGUAACUAAGGAGCCAGGGGGAGAAUCCAUGGAUCUCGACAAGUUUGCACUCGAUGGAAAUCAUGAUCAAGACCUAGGGUCGUUACUCAAUUUUGAUGUGGAUGGGCUGCAGGACUGCGACACUGCAGGUCUCGAGGUACCUCCCUGGGAUGACUUUUCCAGCGUUAUGAUACUAUGAUGAGCUCCACCCACUCAUCUCAUCUGCUGCUCGACCCCGAAUAUGGGAAAUUCUCAGCACCAUCGUUGAUUCUUCCGGUGUCAAAACAAGUGGAUUUUGAUUGAUCCGCUGCUGAUUCAUUCUUCUAUGUAUGUAUAUCUUAGAUGUUAAUUAGGCCGACAAAAUUUUGAUUGUCUCAAUUUCGAGCAAUCGACUCUUGACAGUAGUAUACCCAUGGGGUCAUGCGUACAUCCUUGCCAGAAGCCAACUGAUGAAUGUCAAUAUAUCCUUUUCUUAGGUAUGAUGAUUGGUUUCAUUG